GUGGACUUUAUCCUGCACAACAACCGUGCCAAAAGCUCCAAGGCGGUGCAGGGGCUGACUGGCUUGCGAAACCUCGGCAAUACGUGCUUCAUGAACUCCAUCCUGCAGUGCCUGAGCAACACCAAGGAGCUGCGGGAUUACUGCCUGCAGAACCAGUACCUGCGGGACCUCAACAACAACAGCCGCAUGCGCACCGCGCUCAUCUCAGAGUUUGCAAACCUGAUCCAGCUGCUCUGGACCUCCUCCCCCAACGACAGCGUGAGCCCGUCCGAAUUCAAGACGCAGAUCCAGAGAUACGCCCCCCGCUUCGUCGGCUACAACCAGCAGGACGCUCAGGAGUUCCUGCGGUUCCUCCUGGACGGGCUGCACAGCGAGGUGAACCGCGUGCUGGUGCGGCCGCGGGCCAGCACGGACACCCUGGACCACCUCCCGGACGACGAGAAGAGCCGCCAGAUGUGGAGGAGGUACCAGGAGAGGGAGGACAGCCGCAUUAGUGACCUCUUCGUUGGGCAGCUGAAGAGUUCGCUGACCUGCAGCGAGUGUGGCUACUGCUCCACGGCCUUCGACCCCUUCUGGGACCUCUCCCUGCCCAUCCCCAAGAAGGGCUAUGGGGAGGUGACCCUGAUGGAUUGCCUACGGCUGUUCACCAAAGAGGAUGUGCUGGAUGGGGACGAGAAACCGACGUGUUGUCGCUGCAAAGCCAGGACGAGAUGCACAAAGAAAUUCAGCAUCCAGAAAUUCCCCAAAAUCUUGGUGCUUCGUAUCCUUCGAGGGAAGGGAUGGAGCCAGGGG